CCCAGGCAGAGUUUAUGAGUCCUAUUUGCUGAAACGAGUGAAUACGCUAGCUAAAAGCUGAACAUCCGUACAGCAUGAAGUGAUUAUUACUGUCCUCGAGCGUUUAAAGAGCGUUGCAAUUGUGCGUUAUUUACUCCCUAACUUGAGAAUGCAAAGCAAUAAAUGUGUUGGAACUAAUACCGGACAAUGCUCCUGCACUAGAAGUAUUCACUUCAGGGAAAGUGAAAGCUAUAUGACGCUGACAUCAAGAGGCGAUUCAUCACUUUUACAAGAUUUCUUUUUUUAACAGAGCACAACUAAAGGAAGAUCAUGGCACCUUCUCCUCUGCAUGUGUUUAAAAAGGAGACUGGAUUUGCACAGGAAAGCCAGCCUCAAAUCCUGGUCUGUGGUUUUUUAGUGGCUGGGGGAGCCUUUCUGCUACUGGUGCUGCUCGUGUUUCUCUGCAAUAACUGCCAGAGAAACAACAAAGAAAAGAAAGUCAAGAUUGAUGGUGUGAAGUUAGUUGGUAUGUCCGUAGGGCACAUGCAACAGCUUCGACCUGUUAAUACACCUGAACUGGGAGUACGCAAUCUUAACAGAAUGUCUUACUAUGGUGAAAAUGGUCUCAGAAGUUGGUCAGCCAGUAUGGAUUACCUACAUCCACUAGGAACAGAACAUUUGGAGGAGGGAGCAGGUGAGGAGAGAAAUUCAAGAAUUCAACAGACCAGAGAGUUGCCCAGACUUCCUGAAAAUAAUUACAAAGAUGGAAAGCUGUCUGCUUUGAGAAAUACAGCUGAUAUGGAUUGUAUUUAUGCCAAUGCAGAAAAAUAUCCUUGUCAGGAGAACUCUAUUGAAGACUCAUUGUAUGAAAGUGUUGGAACCAAUCAUGAAGUAGAUCAUAAUAAUCUUCAAAGUGUUAGGCAAUCAAAACUUGAAUAUAGAGCUAAUGAAAUAGAAGCAUCUUUAAAGUCUCAAAGACAACUGACACAACGUUUUGAGGAGUCACCUGGAAACAUGGACGUACCAGAAUAUGCCUCAAUUCGAAGAAUGAAGAAGAAAGAAAGGCUGCCAAACCUGGAGGGUGUACAGGAACAACAACCAAGAACAAAUGUAAAGAAUGGUAAUGUGGUGUUACCAGGACCUAGAAACUAUGGGAAACAAUUAAGGAUUGAAGAAAAAUCUACUUUAUUACAGACUGAGAAUCACAGUUCUGCGAUACAAGGCAGCCUGAAGUCUAUCACAGAGUGUGAAGCAACAAAAUCCCUAAAAGAAUGUAGGGAGGAGAGAAUUCCAUGUGCCAAUCUAACCGAAGGACGGCCAAGUGCUGAUAGUGCCUGUUUUAAGGGAAAAGGUUACAGCUUCAAUAAAUCGCAUGAACAACUCCACUCACUCACAGAUGAAGAGAUUGCAGCAAUGUAUUCAAAGGUGGUAAAAAACGGUCCCAGAAAGGAAAUGGCACUAUCACUGAAUACAGGACUCCAAAAAGGAGGCAAAUUAAAUCAUCAUUUCUGGUCAACUGGGAAUUUAAAUGAAGAAGAGUCAGAAUAUGAGUCCAUCAAGAGCCCACGGUGGCACUCAGGCAAUCAGAUAACGGGCGACGAAUCUGAUUAUGCUUCAGUUAAUGAAAGGACCUGGGGAAUGAAAUUCAGAAAUGAAGGAGGAGGAAGAGGAAGAGAUGAAGAAGGGGAGGAGGAAGAAGAACCUGACCCAGGCUACGAAGCAAUUAACAUAAAAUGGAAGAAAAUUAAUUUUGCUAUUAAGAGUGGCAAAAUACACAAGAUUGCUCAUGAAGCCCAAACAGAAAACUAUUAUGAAAGUAUCAAUGAACUGCAGCAGAGCCGUACACAUACACGAGUGCUAACAUCAGGUGAUGGCAAAGAGGUCUACAUAACAGGACUGUAGAUGAGCAUUUCAUAGCACGGAGUAAAACUCCACUUGUGGUUGAAGUUGAACUGACAAUAUCCUUUUCUUAAAAGGAGGAAGUCUGAGUUAUAUGAAGCAGUUUGAUCAUUUUAGAAAAACCAUGACUGAUGUCUUAUGCGAUGGUAGAAUUUUUAGAUCCAGUGACUGAAAUAUAAAACACACAAUAGUAUUGAUCAACUUGUUGCCAAUAUUAGUGGAUGUACACU